AUGUAAUAAAACAACUAUGAAAUUAUUAGAUUGCCUUAUAUCUAAUAAUACAAAUCUAAUAUAAGUUUUAUUCCGAAAUCGUCCUAAUAUAUUAAUAAAUAGCAAACUUAAUUAUAAGUAGGAUUUGAAAUUCCUAAUUAUGAAAUGUUGACAUAAAAAUAAUAAUAAAAAAAAUUGAGAAAAAAAACUCCUCCCUAAAGGUAUAUUGAUGAGUUCCCUGCUUGUUAUUUAGAUUUACUUCCUAUUCCUCCAUUUCUUUAAGACUAAGAAAAACUGAAUUAUAAGAUAUUGAAAGAGAGAGGAGAAAAACAAAAAAAGAUUGAAAUAUAAUAAUUACCAUCAAUAAGGUAAUUAAAAGAAACUCCGAGAUCUAAGAUUUCUUCAAAGACUCCUAAGAGUAAGCCUAUCAUAAGAUCUUUAAAUCUAUAAUCUUUAGGAUAGCAAAAUCAAUAAUAAGAACCUUCGAAUAAAUAAAUUAGUUAAGCUAGUUAGAAAUAGAUUCAACAAAAAAAGCCAGUUUCUUUAAUUCUCUAAAAGUUGAUAAAAAAGGUUUAUCAUCUACAAAUCUGGCUUUCUUUUUAUAAAUUGCUUAUGGAAACAUUAACAGCGAAAUGUGAAAUGAAAUAAAAAUAAUAACGAGAAGAAUUUGCUUAAAAUCUUAAAGGAGCACUUAAAUAAUUAUCUGAUUGGACAGAUGCUAGUUUGGAUGAAGCGUUACUUCAGAUUGUAAAUUUAAAGGAAUCUUUAUAUGUAAAAGUUGGUGAAGAUAAAUAAAAUCAAUAAAAAAAAAAAUAAAUAGAAAAUUUAUUGAUACUAUGUAUGAAAAACCUUAAAUUAGUUAACAUUUCAGAUUAUUUCACAAAACAUUUAGCAAUGCUUUUGAACACAUUAAUUUAACCUUUCUAAUUUCCUCCUUAAUAAUAUUAUUUUAAAUUUGAAAUAAUAAGACUAAAUCCUACAAUAUAAGGUAGUCUUGGUUAAAUAGAAAAGAACCAAUAAAGAAUGGUUUUAUUGCUAUUUAUAUUUAUCAGAUAAAUUUUGUUUGCUUAAAUCUUACGAGCUUGGUAGUUUCAUCCAGUAUAAACAGAUAAUGAUUAAUAACUGAUGCUAAUCUAAGCUAAUUCGAUUGUUAUUGUUUCAAUAAUACAUGAUAUUGUUAUCAAAUGGGUUGAAAGGAAUGUAGCAAAAAAGAGAGGUCUUGAUUUAGAAAUGCUUUUUAAUCAAUUUUAAUAUCUUGAAAAACCUUUAACUUAAGAUAAGGAAAAAAUGGAAAAAUAAGGGAAGAGAUUUUCAGAUAAUGAAUUAAUUGAAGGUCUCUUGGGAAGCAAUUAAAUAUAGAAAUACUUGUACAAUAAUAAAGGAGAAGUUGAAAAGUGGGUAAAGUAAUUCGAGGAUGAGAUGAUAAGUUAUUGUGAUAAGAUUUUUGAACAUCUUACUAAAGAAUUUGAGGAACAACCAAGAGAGAAGGAUAGAAUUUGUAAGAUGAUGUCUAUCCAUUAUUUGGCAUCAUUAAUGAGAAAACAUUGAUAAUAUAAUUCACAUACUUUUAGAUAAAUCAGUUGUGCAAGAUGUCCUUUUA